AAGAUUUAAAGUAACAGCCCAUGCACUUAAAACAGCAUGCUAAUCGGAGCGCUUCUGUGGCAGCAGAACUUUGUAGGGUUAACUGUGCUUCCAACCACAGAGAGGCAGCAAGAGCGAUCGCGCACAUAUGCACACAUGCUGCCCCGCAUACAGUUUGGAUAUUGUAGCAAGAAGGGUUGUUAGCAGGAUCUGGGCAUCCUGACACAGCUACAAGGGGCGCACGUUACAGGGCUGGAGAGCUGAAUCAAUUAACGCUCGCUGGCUCUUUUCCAGCCAAGCCCCCACUCAUUUAUUUCUCCGCUUUCAAGCACUGGAGCUGCAUGCACUGGAAUGAGUCAGUCAGCAAACAAUGGGUAGCAGCAGACUGCAAGUUUUGCUAAUCAACAAAGAAAACUGCUCUGAGACUAUGCUAAUCACAUAAGUAAAGUCAUCCAAAGAAUAGAAGAGGAAGGAUAGAAAAAAAAAGGACAUCCUAUCUUUAUCUUUUUCUAAGUGCAGCAAGAACGAUUCUUUUCCUGCAUUCAAGAGCUGGAGAAAAUACCUGGGUAAGGAGGACAGCUUCCCUCAAAGAGAAAUUCUUCAUCUUGGUGUUAAAGGAAAUGCUAAGCGCUAAACAAAAGCACAGCGAGAGACAUACUUUAGAAAAAUAAGAAACACAAACAAAUGAACAACUGGCUUUCUAGAAAACAGCGAAAAAUCUUAUCUUAAAAUCCACCAUGUGAUGAAAAAGAAGAACAAAUCACAGACGAUCUUCCUGGGUACAACCGAACUCUACUGAAACGCAAGAGAAAAAGCAGUAAAAGAUGGGAGCUAAUGAACUGCUUACUAUUCUCAGCUAUUGAAUUCUCUCGUAUAAUCUUCUGAGAGCUGAACCUUGCUGUACGGGGACAUCAGACCAUCAGCCCUAACAGCCAGAGAUGGACACAAGACAGGACUUGAUUUUUUAAGACCUCAUCACACCCAGUAAAGGCACAGGAUAACAAAAUUGGAUCCAAGCUCUGACACGGUUACUGUACCUCAAAAUAGCAGAUGACCAGUUUACCAUACUGACCAUGCUGGCCUUUCCUCAGGACCAUCCUGGAGCAGAGAGGCACACUGAACUCUUGCACCGUACACGAUUCCUGCGCAAAACACAGCCCUCGGACACGUCCUGCUGGACACAAAGAUGCCCCAUCCUUUACACUUCUUGAAUGGGUCUGGAGCUGGCAAUGGCUCUUUCUCACCUCUCUCGGUAACAGAACCCAAAGAGAACUACCCGAACGAUGAGCAAGGAAACAAAGUGCACUGGGCAGCGCUGCUGAUCCUACUGGUGAUCAUCCCCACCAUCGGUGGGAACAUCCUGGUCAUCCUGGCGGUAUCCCUGGAGAAAAAGUUGCAAUAUGCCACCAACUACUUUUUAACGUCCUUGGCGGUGGCGGAUUUGCUCGUGGGACUGUUUGUGAUGCCGAUUGCCCUUCUCAUAAUACUGUUUGACAAUGCCUGGCCUCUUCCAACUGCCUUGUGUCCCAUUUGGCUGUUCCUUGACGUCCUCUUUUCCACAGCUUCCAUCAUGCACCUCUGUGCCAUCUCACUUGAUCGCUAUAUUGCAAUUAAAAAGCCAAUCCAGGCCAGCCAGUACAAUUCAUGGGCUACAACAGUCAUCAAAAUCAUCGUUGUUUGGCUCAUUUCAAUAGGCAUUGCUAUUCCAGUCCCUAUCAGAGGAAUUGAAGAUGGAAAUGGCAACUCUACAAAUAUUACAUGUCUUCUGACGCCUGAUCGCUUUCAUGACUUCAUUCUAUAUGGAUCAGUGGCUGCGUUCUUCAUUCCCCUUGCUAUCAUGAUAGUCACUUAUUUUUUGACAAUUCAAGUGCUACGCAAGAAGGCCUAUUUGAUCAAUAAGUCACCUCAACGUUUCACUUGGUCAACAGUGUCCACGGUAUUCCAGCGUGACACUACACCUGCCUGCUCACCUGAAAAGGUGGCCAUGCUGAACGGCUCCAGAAAAGACAAGGUUUUGUCCAAUGAUAUGCCCAUCUGCAGAAUGUCUACCAUUGGGAGAAAAUCCAUGCAAACCAUAACCAAUGAACAAAGGGCAUCAAAAGUUCUUGGAAUUGUAUUUUUUCUUUUCUUGUUGAUGUGGUGCCCGUUCUUCAUAACUAACAUAAGUUCAGUCCUAUGCAACUCGUGCAACAAGGAAGUUUUUCAAAAGCUCAUGGAGAUAUUUGUUUGGAUAGGAUACGUAUCCUCAGGAGUGAACCCUCUUGUGUACACACUCUUCAACAAAACAUUUAGGGAGGCUUUCAGCAGGUAUAUCACUUGCAACUAUCGGACCACAAAGACUGCCAACGUCCUUCGGAAGUGCUCCAGCAGAAUCUCUUUCAGAAAUUCUGUGACAGAAAACUCCAAGCUCUUUGUUGUGCAUGGGAUGAGAAAUGGGAUUAACCCCAUUAUGUACCAGAGCCCAAUGAGGCUGAGGAGCUCACCCAUCCAAGCAUCAUCAGCCAUUCUGCUGGAUACACUGCUGCUCACAGAGAAUGAAGUUGAUAAAACAGAAGAACAAGUAAGCUACGUAUAGUGGAAUGACAGCUGUGACCACAUCAUCGCGUUACCAUCUCUAUCACUCUAGGUGACUGCGCUAUAAGAGGUUAUAAAUACUAUUGUUUCAUUUAUGCAAGCAAUAUCUUAUAAAUUUAUAACAAUUCCUCUCCUCCAAAGUCUCCUCUACUAUAACCCCAAACCUACGGUGGCAACUUCAUUCCAUGAUAAACAAUGACUAUUGCACAAGUGUAUCAUACAGAAAGAGGGAAAUAAAUAAAAGCUAAAGCAAUGCAAGUAUCUCACUUCAGAUCUCAUCAUCUUCAGCCUCUCAAUUUAAACCCAUGGAGUUUUUCUCUGCAUAAAACAGCAUGCAAACACACUGCACUACUUCCUACAGCUCCCUCUGUUGACACUGCAUACUCAAGUAUGAGCUUUUCUUUUGUGUUGGGGUAUCAUAAAUGAAAGCAUGAGCUCCAGAUACCAAAAGGCACACCUUUCUAUUCCACAAACCAUAGAAUCUGUUUCCAAGAGAGUAAAAAAUCCCCAAAACAUUCCAUGUGUGGAAAUCAUCCCUUUACAGUUUUUUUUUUUUCCUGUAGGGAGUGAGGCCAGAAUCCCUUUCGCACCUGAAUUUCAUCUCCAUUACUCUCACAUACAAACAAGCUUGGCAUUAUCAAAUUUGUCACUGAAAACUGCCCUCUGUUCUUUUCAUACUGAGAAAAUGAGUAUGUAACUAAAAUAGGGCCAUAACACAUCAGGGACUAAAACAGGACAGGCAAUGCCUGGAACAUCACUUUAACUUAUACUAUAGAAGUUCCUUCUUUUUUGUAGCUCUUACAACUCCAGUAAAAGCUUUCCCUAAUCCAAUAUCAUUCACACAAAAUAAAAAAGUUAUAGAUAGAAUAGCCAGCUCAUUUGAAAAUAAAAAUAAGUGUCUAAGAGGCAACAGUAGUAUCUACACCUGCACACAAUAACAGUUCAGUUUCACUUAAAAAAAAAACACAAAAAACUCAUUGGACUAACGUCAUAAGAUUAGAGGUCCCAGUCUGCACUCUCAAGCAUCAUAGUGGCAAAGCAAGUCUUCCAUUAAAGCACAAAAUUGAAAGAAAGAAUUGUUCUUCACAAUCCAGAGAAGCUAACACAGUCUAUUGUCCAGGAAAUCUGGAGCAUCUGAUAGUCCCAGACCAUAUCUCUUUAGGAAGAGAAAUCAGAUCUCCCCAAGGUGUUGGAGUUCUUACAGUAAGCAGCCAGUUUCCUAUUUUUUCCCCCACAGUUUCCAUUUACAGUAAAAUUUUCAGCCCACACUUUUUAUUUUUUCCAUAUUUAAUAUUUUCAGAGCUCUUUAGUUACACACUUAAAUUAUGUACAGCAAAAAGCUUAGGCAUUUUUUUCAUCCAUGGAACAGAAAGUACUAAAGAUAACGUGUCCUUCCAACUUUUAUUUAUAUGUAUUUAAUUUAAAACACAUGCAAGUUCGAAACAGAGCCUGAUGUAACAAAUGCCAGAGAGCUCCAGGAGAAAGUAUUAAAAAUAUCUGCAUGGUACUUACAGUAAUCUUUCUCCUUCCUACCCUUUUUGGGGAUAGCCACUGAAGUUAGAAUAAGCCCUUAACUGCUCUUACUCCUCUUUCAGUAGACAAAAUUUGUUUAAGAGGAUCCAGCAGUUAAAAGCCAGAACUGAUGGACAAUUAUGGCUGUGGAAGAUGCCUGUAUCUAAAAGUAUUUAAGAAUCAAAAGCCUUUCAUUAAAUCUAAUGACUCUGAAGUCCUAGGGGAAAGGGAGUAGGAAUAAAACAAAGUAAAGAACAUUCCCCAAACUUGUCUUCUAAGAAGAAGGAGGGGAGGAUGUUCUAAAUCUGGGAACCAAACUACACUGGAUUAAUAAUCCCAACAUCAGCAACAAUUUAAAGCUUCCCUUUCCAGCAGGAACAUCACAAAUAGCUAGCUAUUCAGUAUCUGGAAAGAACAAGAGGUAAUUUAGUUCUCUUCUGCCUGACCCUGUUCUUUUUCACCUGUCAGUCUUCAGGGAGCAAUGACAGUAGGAGUAAUUGGCCGUAAGUGUCCCUUAGAGAAUGAUUCCAAGGCCUCUUUGUAAUCUGUGGUUAGACUCCAAAAAACAGGAAACAACCCCCGAGAAGAUGUAUUUUGUCAAGCCAGCUCAACUUCAGUAACCAGAAAUAGAAGCUCAGCAUAUUCCAGUUACUGAACGUAGUCAGCAGCAAUACGUAAACGGAGCCAUAAACCUCAAAAGGACCAGAGCCUAACCAAACACCCAGUCUUCCUACCAUAAAAAGUAUUUCUCCAUGCACAGAAACCUAUCAGGAAGAAAACUCACACAUUCAAUCCAACAUGCUAGAUGUUGAUGGACCAGCAAUUUCUUUUCACUAACUGUAAAAACGUAUUCUCUCAUGGUUGCUACUGCUUUGCUCCUAGAGCAACAUGCUGCCAGUCAUCCAGGUAAGCUCUCACGCAUGCUAAGUGGUGAAUGUUGUAAACUGGUAGAUUUUAUAUUUAUUUCGUAACACAAUAAAAAACUUAAUACCACAAUUCCUAGGCAAAACUAAAUAACCUAGACUAAAACAUCCCUUCUAAAAUGGCGGCCAAACCUCAAUUCAUGAAUUCUGAAGAACUAAGUAACUACGCAUUCUUUCAUUGGCUUUUCCAGUAAAUGAAAAGCACACACACACACACACACACAAAUCUAAAUAAAUAAAAGUUUAAAAUGUCAGAGUUAAGACAAAAUAUUGUUGCACUAAAUGUUGUCAGAUUUUAUUAUAUUAUGUCCAAUCACAUUUUAUUCUGUUACCGUGCUGCUCCAUUAACUCUAGUCCUAAGAGUCAAGCUGUGCUCUUGAAUGCAUACAGGGCUGUACGACAUGCUAGCAAGGAAGACUCACAUGAUAAGCAAGUAGC